AUGCCUGCGACGAAUUCAUCUACGGUCACUUCGAGGGCAAAGGGCGAUAGCCCAAGCCCAGCUCCUGCGGCAGUCGAAGGUGCUGAUAAGAGCCACGAUUUCUUCUGGACAUACACUGAGGAACCUCAUCGAACUCGCCGUCUCGCUAUUAUCAAGGCUCACCCCGAGAUCACCAAGCUUUGCGGUCCUGAGCCUCUCACGAAAUGGGUCGUCCUCGGUGUUGUCUCUCUUCAGGUCUUCCUCGCAUGGAUGCUCCAGUCGACUCCUUUCUUCUCAUGGAAGUUCUGGGCUGUCGCCUACGUCUUUGGAGCCACUGCCAACCAGAACCUUUUCCUCGCCAUCCACGAAAUCUCCCAUAACCUGGCUUUCCGAAGCGCCCGUCUCAACCGUCUGAUCGCCAUCUUUGCCAACCUUCCCAUCGGUAUCCCUUAUAGCGCUUCGUUCCGACCAUACCACCUUACCCACCACAAGUCCCUCGGCGUCGAUGGCCUUGAUACCGAUCUUCCCACUGCCUUCGAGGCCUUCGUUCUGGAUUCGAUUCUUGGAAAGGCCUUCUUCUGCACUUUCCAGAUCUUCUUCUACGCCUUGCGACCCAUGGCCGUCUACCGCGUUCCUUUGACUGGAGUCCACGCCCUCAACAUCGCUGUCCAGGUCGCCUUUGAUCUCGUUCUCCUAAAGUACGCCUCUGUCAACUCUCUCCUCUACCUGCUGCUCUCCUCCUUUUUGGCCGGGAGCCUUCACCCCCUGGCCGGCCACUUCAUCGCCGAGCACUACGUUUACGAGACCGUUGCUCCCUCCGCUCGCGACCCGGAGAACAAGAUCCCUGUUCCCGAGACCUUCUCUUACUACGGACCCCUCAACUGGUUUACCUACAACGUUGGACUUCACAACGAGCACCAUGACUUCCCCGCUGUGCCCUGGACUCGUCUUCACAAGGUGCGCGAAAUUGCUCACGAAUUCUAUGAUGACUUGCCCCGCCACGAGAGUUGGUGCUAUGCCAUCUGGCGUUUCAUCUUCGAUGAGAACGUUGGCAUGAGUUGCCGUGUCAAGCGUAAGCAGGGUGGACGCCUUGUCGGUGGUGGUGCUGUUGCCGACUGGAAGCAGUCCGAGAUCGAGUCGAUUUAG